AUGAAGAACGAAGACAUCACGUUACUGAAAAACAUAAUAGGGAAGCAAAUUUGUCCUCUAAUUAAUACUGCCGAAGAAAUGACAUUUGAGAAACAUAUUAACACUGGUUGCGUAUCAGUUGACAAAUUAUUAAACGGUGGAUUACGGGUUGGGACUUUAACUGAAGUUUAUGGUGAAAGUGGCUCUGGGAAAACUCAAUUAGCGUUGCAAAUCGCGGCACAAUGUGGAAGUAAAGGAAGUGUUUAUAUAUGCACUGAAAGUGUAUUUCCUGUCAAAAGAUUUAAUCAAAUAUGUGAUUAUAUUCAACGCGAUUCUUGUAAGAACAUCAAUAAGGAACACACAUUUAUAGAACAUGUAACGGAGGGCGAAGAUUUGUUAUCCUGCAUUCGCGUACGAUUGCCAAAAUUGUUGAAACAGAAGAAAAUAAGUGUCAUCAUUAUUGACUCUAUAGCUUCUCCCUUUCGUAUUGAUGUUUCAAAUUAUGUUCAACGAGCAGAGGAGUUAAGGGAGUUGGGAAUAUCGCUAUUAAACCUGGCACAAAACUUCAACCUCGCUAUACUAUGCCUAAACCAAGUUACGUCAUCAUUCGAAAAACCUGAUAAUAUACUACCUUCUUUAGGACUUUCUUGGUCUAACAUGGUCUCCUACAGAUUAUUGCUACGACGAUCGUCAUGUUUAAUUAAUAUAGACAAUAUUGAAAGCCAAAUUCGCGAAUUGAUUGUAAUGUUUAGCCCCGAUUUAGACAAUAAAAUGUGUAAAUUUGCAAUAGACACUACAGGAUUAAAGUCUUUGCCAGCCUAA